AAUAACAACAAAUAAAUCUUUUUAAAAAUAAUAAAACUUUGUCUUUUCUUGUCUGGCAAAAUCUUAUUUCCCUAGGGGCUCUUUUUCUGCUUCCUCUGUAGGAAGAAAGCCUUCAUAGAACGUGAACAUGGCUCUCAGUAUCCCUAGUCCAAAUCCUCACCAAACCCUGCAAAGCCCUGUGACUUUCUCACUUUUCAUAUUUGAAUGAUCUGUUUUUCUUGCUGACAAUCUGAAGAAAGUUAGAGUUAUCUCUGUGUCCCUAGUGCUUAAGUCAACACCUGGGACAGAAUAUUUUAAUGAUUUCAAUGAAGUCAACCUAACUUUUUUUCUGGUUGGUUAUGAUCUGAGGCCUUGGCCCUAGAUUUGGUCUUUUAUCUCACAAGCUUAAGGUCCACCCUGGAAGCAGCUGCAAAGUUCCCAGGGCACUAACAAACCCACAAGCAAUUAACCACAGAGCAGGCUGCCCUGAAACAGCAUCACAGAACACCAAGUCCAGGGUUGGCGCAGGAACAAGAGAACAAUGGACACGUCCUAUCCCAGUCGCCUGUGUCUGUUCUUUCUCAUGUGUGUGCUGGCCCUAGAAGUCGCCACAGAAGUGGAGGAACCUUCAGAUGGUCCUGCUGCCACCCAGGAACUCAUGUGGCUCACAGAUGUCCCGGCUGCCACGGCGUUCAUUGCUGCUGCUGAGGUGGCCCUCAUAGGCUUCUUCCAGGACUUAGAAUUACCAGUAGUGUCCAUAUUCCGUGAUAUGGUGCAAAACUUCCAAGAUGUAUCCUUUGGAAUCAGCAAUAAUUCUGAGGUUCUGACCCACUACAACAUUACUGGCAAUACCAUUUCCCUCUUUCGUCUGGCGGAUAAUGAACAAGUGAAUUUAGAGGGUGAAGUCAUUGAAAGCCUUAAUGCUGACAAACUAAGCCAGUUCAUUGAGACCAACAACCUCCACCUGGUGACGGAAUACAAUGCUGUGACUGCAGUUGGCCUGUUUAGCAGCAAUAUUCAAAUUCAUCUUCUCCUGGUGAUAAACAAAGCCUCCCCUGAGUAUAAAGAGAACAUGCACAGAUUCCAGAAGGCAGCUAAACACCUCCGGGGGAAGGCUCUCUUUGUUCUGGUGGACAGUGGGAAGAAGGAGAAUGAGAAAGCGGUGUCAUAUUUCAAACUAAAGAAGUCUCAACUGCCUGCUCUGACUAUUUACCGGACUGUGGAUGAUAAGUGGGAUGCUCUCCCUGUAUCAGAGGUUUCUGUUGAGCGUGUGCAAAACUUUUAUGAAGGAUUCCUGGAAGGAAAAUUGCUGAGCGAAAAUCAUAAAUCAGAAGAAAAGACUUCAAAGGUGGAACUCUGAUUUCUCCCUGAUACUUUGGAAUGCCACAAAGUGUCUUUAUAUGCCAAAUAAAAAGGGAUAACUUAAACUUCAGAAACAUAACAUCUCCAGAAUUCCAGUUCUUCUCCCACCACACACACCAAACUCCAUCUUGUUCCUUGAAAUCUCAUUUACAACCAUUCUCUUUUCUUCCAAUUUUUAUAUUCUUUCACUGUACACCCAACUUCCUAUUAUGCAAUUAUAUUGUGUAGGUCCAUCUGUAAUGCAGUGCUAUGACGAAGAGGUAUUAUUGGAUUGUUCUGACUUGUAGAAAGUAUUGAGCCUGUAUACUAAAUGCAAUUUACAUAACAUAGUUUCUGCUCUUUCAGGGUUAUCUAAGGAUUGAAAUUCUUUCCUUAUAUGCACAUGUCUCUCUCUGACUCAAGGACAAGAACAAAAAGUUAGUUUUAAACCUCUUACUGAGUUUGUCUUCUUACAAGAAGUUGAAUGAUAUCUCCAAAACUGUGAACCCAACAGACACACAACACAUAAAAACUGUAUGCCUAUUUAGCAUUCCUAACUUCCCUUGUAACUCAAUGACCCAUGUAAUAAUUAAAAACCAAGAACAUUUUAGAAAAAGACUGCAUCUCUUUGCAGGCCAAACCUUUUGUAAAUACCUAGCUGCCCAACUAAACAGUUUGUACCUUGCCCUUUAGUGCCCCUGUUAAGUAUCAGCUCAUAAGCCACUAAUCUGUUAUUGUUCACUCUGUGGGUGGGAUGGGUGAUGGGUAGAGACCAUCUUGCCUGAGGAUGGAUCCAACUAUGGUGAAGGAUCUGGGAAGUAAAUCAGGUAAACUGGCGACAAACAAAUAGGAGACAGGGAGCCCUUGGCACUGGGGCAGGUUUGGGCAGACAAAGCAGCAGAUUAUUGCAGGUGAGGUGUAUAACCAGCUCAUGUGGCGUGAAGGGAGAGUCUGGCUGCAUGUCCCUGGCUCACAGACUCUUACUGUCAACACACAAAUGCUACAUUGUGCCCAGGAGGCCCUUGACCCCGAGGAAAAGUGCUGAAGAGCUGAAAAACCACAGAUGUGCAACUAAGGACUGGUCCAAAUGAAGAACAGAGAGUGAAAAGAUUGGUUGUUCCUGUAAAUGGGAAAAACUCCACAGGCUCUGGGCUAAGAACCAGUUGCUGGCAAGAAUAAGGCAAAAAGCAGAAAUGCACAGCAAUAUGAGACCCAGAGGUUCUGGGCAGGUCAUCCAGUCCAUCUCACGGCUUCACAGAAUUGCCUGAAGAUGAAAAAUAUCCCUAAGACUGGUCCAUCCCAGAAGGCUACCUUUGGUCUGAUAAAUGAGGACCCUUGAAACUUGCAAUCAAGAAAUGCCUCCUGAUUUCAAGCAGAGGUCCUCUGGACAUGGAAUCUCUUCCUUCUUCAUUUCCCUUCAUAAAAAUCAGGAGCACCUGCCAGUCCCAUCCCCAAAUGAUGAACUCUCCUCCUGGUGAACUGCUUUUAGGCCCUAUAACAGUUAGUCUUUACCAUACACUUCAUUAUUUGUCUUUCUUCCUUCUUUCCCAACAUUUAUCUCUUUUUUCUUAAAACACUGGAACUUCAACUCCUAUAGCAAUUCAAUUGCAACUUUAUUGUAGACUCUGUUUUAUGCUUAUUCAUAUGUUUAUAGUGCUAGUUGAAUUAUUCUCUCUCAUCUUGUGGCUCUCCAAAACUGCCCGAUACUUUUGCUUGGCUUUUCAGUAGAGAUCCUUUUCUUUAUUAUUCUAGAAACUGAAGUCCAAACAGUAAGGUUUCUUUCUUUAGAGAGUAGAGAUUUCUAAAGGUUCUCAACCAUUCACUAAAGGUCAGACCCAAACACUUUCACCAUUUCUAAAUCUUAACUCUGGGCAAUCUCUUCCUAAGUUUGUGCUUUCAUUUCCACAAGAAUAUAUUAUUAUUAAAGUAUCUACAUACAUCUCAGUCAUUUUUAGAGACAGAAUGAAGAAAUGAGAGCUGGCAGAACUCAAAGGAAUAAUGGGGAAAUCUGGCUGUGAACAUCACCUUUACUGAGUAUGUGGCUCUAUAAUCUUGGGAAAACCACUUUCUAUCGUUGAACUUCACUUCAGCUCAAUAAGGACAACACAAUACUUUACAGAAUUUAUUUUUAGAUUUUAGGGUGAUAAUACAUACUGAAUAAAGUCAUCAUUAUUUGCUUUUCCAA